UAAUUACAACAUAGCCCACGACAAAAAUGAGUUUAACAUCCGUUAAUUGUACCUUCCGCCAUCUAGUGGAGGGGUAUAUAUGAUUGUUCUGCCUUUCACGACACGAUCCUUGGAUAGAUGAACAACGAGAAAAAUUAAUUUAGGCUGCAGCACUCGUGAUGAUCUCUCACAGCACAGUGGUUGGGAAUCACCGCACGGUGUUCAGGGAUUCAAUUUGAAGGUGGCUCCUGAUGGUGUUGCUUUGGUGGUGCAGCAAUAAGGGCGGCCGUGCUGAUCCAGCAGUGGUACCGUCAGUAUGUGGCACGCAUGGAGAUGAGAAGGAGGUACACCUGGCACAUCUUCCAGUCCAUCGAGUACUCGGGAGAGCAGGCUCAGAUCAAGCUUUAUAAUUUCCUGGGCUACCUCAUGGACAACUUCACGCCAUCAAGCAGUGAACGAAACCUGAUCUCGCACAUCUUCCGGGAAAAUGACGUGUGUCGCGACGCCGAGUGGGAACGUUACUUCUGUUACAAGAACAUCGAAGUGCCUGAGAUCUACUCGGGACCUCACCUGUGCUUCCCUCUGACUGUGGAGCAGGCCAUCUGCCUAGUGGAGGCCUUCAGGAACAAGAAACAGCUGCACUCGCGUUACGUCCUGCAGCUUCUCCUGGAGACGUGGAAACUGUUGCGCAUGUUGCCCAACAUCAGCCGCAUCUCCACCUGCCACAGCAAAGAAAUCACCAUUUGCGGCGAUUUGCACGGGCAGCUGGAAGACUUGCUGUUGAUUUUCUACAAGAACGGAAUGCCAUCCUUGGAGAAGCCCUACGUAUUCAACGGCGACUUUGUGGACCGAGGCAAGGACUCCAUCGAGAUACUUCUCGUCCUCUUCGCCUUCCUGCUCAUCUAUCCCACCGAGGUGCACCUGAACCGAGGCAACCACGAGGAUCAUAUCAUUAACCUGAGGUAUGGCUUCACAAAGGAAGUGCUGAUGAAAUACAAGAUGCACGGCAAACGGAUUCUCAAGCUGCUCCAGAAAAUCUUUAGCUGGUUGCCACUGGCGACGGUGAUCGACCAGAAAGUUCUGGUCUUGCACGGUGGCAUCUCAGAUUCCACGGACCUCGGCGUGUUGGCUAAAGUGGACCGACACACUUACGUUUCAGCGCUGAGGCCCCCCAAGAAGAAGAAGUUCCAGAGCUCCACGGGCACGUCUAUCGACUCCGACAUGGACGACGACUGGGCCAAUCACAGGCUCCUCCAGCGGCGGGCUUCCCUCACGUGUGUUAAACCACUGGGCAGCCGCGAUAGCUUCCUCAACCGUUCCCUGCAGGACUUUUCCGAUCGGCUCAAGGUCAACGUGGAGGAUGAGCUCAAGCUCUGCCAGCAAAGAGCCGCACUCGUACAUUUGGGAGGUUUUGGUGUGGAAAAAGAAGGCCAGGCCUCCUUCGACUCGGUCGCUAGUGACAAUGCCAAGGAAGAGUGGAAGCAGAUCUUGGACCUGCUGUGGAGCGACCCCAUGACACAGGAUGGCUGCAUACCCAACGAGCUGAGGGGCGGCGGAUGCUACUGGGGUCCCGACGUCACCGAAGACUUCCUGAACAAGCACAACCUGCAGCUCAUCGUUCGCUCACACGAGUGCAAACAAGAUGGCUACGAGUUCUGCCACAACCGCAAGGUCCUCACGCUCUUCUCGGCCUCCAAUUAUUACGACGUGGGGAGCAACCGAGGCGCAUACGUGAAGCUGGGACCAAACCUCGUGCCUUAUGUGGUUCAGUACCGGGCCAGCAGCAUGACCAGAGAAUUGACUGCCAGACAAAGCGUGGGUCAAACGGAGCGCUCGGCCCUCAAAGUCCUUCGGGAGCAGCUGUUUUCCCACAAGUCGGACCUCAUCUGUGCCUUUAAACGUUUCGAUUGCGACAACACGGGUACAGUGUCCGUGACGGACUGGGCCUCGGCGGUGGAGAGCGUGAUGCGCCUCGGCCUUCCCUGGAGGAUGCUGCGCUCUCAGCUGGUCAGCGGCAAGAGCGCCGACGGCCCCAUCGACUACCAGCAAUGGUUCAACGAGCUCGCCAUCAAAGGGGCCAACGCUGACCAUAUUGACCAGUGUCUGCUUGAAACCUUGUACCGCCAUCGCUCUACACUGGAGACCAUCUUCAGGAUCGUUGAUACGGAUAAUUCAGGCUUCAUCUCGCCAUCGGACUUCCAUCAGACGUGGAAGCUGCUGAGCGUCUACCUGAAGAUGGAGAUCACCGACGAGGCCAUCUCGGAGCUGGCGGUGGCCAUCGACAGCAACCGCGACGGCGCCAUCGACAUCGAUGAGUUCAUGGAAGCGUUCCGUCUCACCGACAAGAAAAGUCGGCUGGAGAGGGGACGCAGCAUGUUCAUGGGAACCGUGACUGACCUCGCCGGGCUCGACCAGUGCGAGCACAUCUGA